AUGCCAACAUCUGACGACUCGGACUCCGAAGAGGGGAUUUAUUUAAAGGAUGGCAAGGAGGAGGUGAAGAGCUGCAGUGACGAAGGCAAAGAACGAGAAAUGGCUCUUAGUCUACAACAGACCCUGAAAGAAGCCCUAAAGGCAGCUGCAACCACACGGCAGCAACAAGCUAAAAAGGAAAAGCUCGAAGAGCAGCAGACACAACGGCCGUUGACCAGCAGUGCAUCGGCUUUGCUCGCCCCGUUUCUACUUGGUGCCUCUACGGAGCCAGGUUCAAAAGUCACACAAUUACCCCAGGGCAGCGUGAUAAUGAACGAAACAAACGGAGCUACGGCAGCCAAUGGGGGAAUAUUUGCCCCAAAGACAGCAGAGGAGGCCGGAGCACACCUAAAUCCGCUUCUUCUACAAACAAUGCCCUUUUUGAAUCUUCAACAGCUGAUCGAAUCCUCCAGUGCACUCCAGAAGGGGGCU